GACCACAAACCAACACCAUGCCGUCUGGAGAUUCGGCACAAGGUCCCCAGAGUUCAUCUGUGCGCACGAGACCCCAUAAAACAACCUUUACUGUCUCUGCAGUUGGGUUUUUCACUCAACGGGACAGAGACAUGACGGCAUGAGAAUGAUGGACUCACUCAAAAACGCGAGUUUUAAUUUAGACGAAGUCUCUACAACUUUUGAUCAGUUAAAAUAUGGUUCCCCAUAAAGAGACUUCACAGAGGAGUUGUGGUGAUUGACUGAUGAUGAUACUGAUGAUGAAAUAACCACAAACGCAGCGCAAGUUGAGAGAAUGGCGUAUCACCACUUUAUACCGGCUAGUCCCACUGACUUCACUAUUAGCCCGAUGCUCGGACAGCAGGCGCAGCUUUUCCCUGUUGGAUACGGACACCAGCAGUUCGCGAACGCGCUCCAGAGCUCGAUCCGUCUGGCGCUAAAAGAAUCCGCGGCUCCAGCGCUCCUCUCCGGCCGGACCAGAGACCCCGUCCAGACACCUGAGGACGAACCUGUAGUUCACCUGGAAGGCAAUGAACUGUGGGGGCAGUUUCACAAAGUCGGCACGGAGAUGGUCAUAACAAAGUCUGGAAGGCGCAUGUUCCCAGCCUUUAAAGUGCGCUGCAGCGGCUUCGACAGGAAGGCGAGGUACAUCCUGCUGAUGGAUAUAGUCGCGGCCGAUGACUACAGAUACAAGUUUCACAACUGCCGCUGGAUGGUGGCUGGAAAGGCCGACCCAGAAAUGCCCAAGCGCAUGUACAUCCACCCAGACAGUCCUUCUACCGGAGAGCAAUGGAUGUCCAAAGCUGUGACCUUUCAUAAACUCAAACUGACAAAUAAUAUAUCUGACAAACAUGGAUUUACUAUUUUAAACUCCAUGCAUAAAUAUCAGCCAAGGUUUCAUAUUGUUCGAGCCAAUGAUGUCCUCAAACUUCCUUACAGCACAUUCAAGACAUAUGUGUUUCCUGAGACUGAAUUUAUUGCUGUGACGGCAUACCAAAAUGAAAAGAUAACCCAGCUAAAAAUCGAUAAUAACCCAUUUGCUAAAGGAUUCAGAGAGACUGGAAAUGGGAGACGAGAGAAAAGGAAGCAGAUGUUGCAUCAGAGGUGUGAUGUGGAAUCCAAAAAAGCCAGUGUGUUGACAGACGACUCGUCUUUCGACCAAAGUUCAUCAAAUUAUUUGAUUCAAGAAAGUAACGUUGUUACAUCAACUUCAACAGAUACAAAUGAGAGUGACAUUGAUGGAUAUGGGGAUGAGAAGGAAAGCAACGAAGUUGAGUCAAUCCAGUCAAUUUCUCAAGACGAACAAAACUCCAGAGAAAUCUCCACAACAGUGCAAGAGUGCAAGGAUGAUCCAAAUGAGGAGAUCGAAGGAGACAGAAACCCUGCGAUCAACAGCAAGAAACAGCACAGUGUAGAGCAACCUGCGCAUUUACCCUUGGAUAAAAAACAUGCUGAACAACAGAAGUUUGCAGCUGAUGUGACUGAUGCUUCUCAGAAGGAUUCGCUCGCUCGACACUUUUACUUCCCCACUCCAGGCCUAAUUAAUUCUCUGCAUGUGCCGUCACACGUCUUGUCAAAUUUAUGUCAGUUUAAUUAUGUUGGAACACUUCCAUUUUUGGCAUCUGAAGCAACUGGUUCUUGGAUACCUAGAAGGUCAAAUGAAGGAGAGGGUCAAGGUUACACCACUUCAGUCUCAUCCUCACAACAAAGACUUACUGGCAUGCAAGAUUUACCGCCGAACUUUCAGCAGCACAGAAUGACCUCUCAGGGAGUGCUCGUCUCGGCGCAUGGAAAUGGUUUUCCUUAUCCACAGGGUUACAUGACCACAUCUGCUGGCAGCUCUUCUGCAGCUUCAUACCAGGUUCACCGGCCGCCUUUCUUCAACAUUAGCUACCAGCCCCAAUGCAGACCCUAUCCUGUACCAGUGUGGGUGCAUGGGCGAAAAAUACCACAGACCACCUCAGUAUUUAUCCCAUACGGAGAAACUGAUAUAAAUGAACAUGCUAGCAUUGCAACUCCUGGAUCAACUUUGUUUAGAUUAAAAGCUAAUAAGGAUCAAAACACACAGUGUCAGGAUCUCUAGAGAUGUCUGUGCUGGAGCAACAACAAACUCAGCUGCAAUGAUAUAUGUGACUGUGUUGUGGAUCAACUGAAGAUCUGGAUUGAGAUUUAAUAUAUGCUAUUUAUUCUUUAGUCUUUAUCUGCUGUGUGAAAGUGUGGAAAUGCAUCAAAUAUAUGAGGGAGCUGCAGAGCAACCAUUAAAGAUAUUCAAUCCGGUUUCUGUGCUUUAUCCUCCUUUUCCCCCCAAAUC